GUUGUCGUUUGGUCAACACACUUUCCUUUUUUUUUACGGUGUAUUUUAGCCGACAUAACGGAACCGUGAUUAAUUAAUAAUUAAAUAAUGAGUGUUAAAUAAUAUAUUUAAAUGAGUCAGCUAAAUAUACAUUUUGACUUCGAAAGCAGGCUGUAGACGAGCAUCGCAACGUUUCUAGCAAGUGACACAAAUUAACGUAAAAUUAUCGGCAUCGUAACAAGAAAAUAUAUCUUUUUGACGCGAUAAAAAUCAGUUUGUUGUAUUCUUAGGUGGCAAAAGACGAAAGAAACGUCAGCGUACGGCUCACCGAGCGAAACCGGAAGUACUUGAGGGAUUCUCCUCUCGCACCUGCUCAAAACCCUCCGCUCUGUCGUCCCGAGAAUGGCCGCUGCCGCAGCAGGAAUAAACAAGCAGGGAGCCGUAGCGACGAUGGAGCCCUGUCUCCGACACGGGAGGGGAGCUCACGGGGGCUCAGUGAAGGUGCUGGAGUGUGGCGUGUGCGAGGACGUCUUCUCCCUCCAGGGGGACAAGGUCCCCCGUCUGCUGCUCUGUGGACACACGGUGUGCCACGACUGCCUCACCCGGCUGCCCCUCCACGGCAGAGCUGUCCGCUGCCCCUUCGACAGGCAGGUCACCGAGCUGGGGGAUUCUGGAGUUUGGGGCCUGAAGAAGAACUUCGCUCUGCUCGAACUCCUGGAGCGACUCCAGAAUGGAGCGAGCAACCAGUCGGGCAUGGCGGAGGACGCCCUGAAAGGCAUGGGAGAAUGUGUAAUCCGGUGUGACGAGGACGAGAGCCACACGGCCUCCAUGUACUGCACCGUGUGCGCCACCCACCUGUGCGCCGAGUGCUCCCAGCUCACCCACUCCACCCGCACGCUGGCCAAACACCGGCGGGUGCCGCUGGCUGACAAGCCGCACGAGAAGACCCUGUGCCCGCAGCAUCAGGUCCACGCCAUCGAGUUCGUCUGCCUGGAGGAGGCCUGUCAGUCGGGGCCCCUCAUGUGCUGCGUGUGCAAGGAGUACGGCAAGCACCAGGGACAUAAGCACGCUGUCCUCGAGAACGAAGCCAAUCAGAUCCGCGCCUCCAUCCUGGACAUGGCCCACUGCAUCCGCACCUUCACAGACGAAGUGUCCGAGUACUCGAGGAAGCUGGUGGGCAUCGUGCAGCAGAUAGAAGGCGGCGAGCAGAUCGUGGAGGACGGCAUCGGCAUGGCGCACACCGAGCAUGUCCCCGGCACGGCAGAGAGCGCGCGGUCUUGCGUCCGAGCGUACUUCGCGGACCUCCACGAGACCCUGUGCCGGCAGGAGGAGAUGGCGCUGAGCGUGGUGGACGCUCACGUCAGGGAGAGGCUGAUCUGGCUGAGGCAGCAGCAGGAGGACAUGACCAUCCUGCUGUCUCAGGUCUCCACCGCAUGCAUGCACUGCGAGAAAACGCUUCAACAGGACGACUGCAGAGUUGUGCUGGCAAAGCAGGAGAUCAACUGUCUGCUGGAGACGCUUCAGAAGCAGCAGCACCAGUUCACAGAGCUGGCGGAUCACAUUCAGCUGGACGCCGGCAUCCCCGUCACCUUCACUAAAGACAACCGGGUCCACAUCGGUCCGAAGAUGGAGAUCCGGGUCGUGACUCUUGGGCUGGAUGGAGCGGGUAAAACCACCAUCCUCUUCAAGCUGAAACAAGAUGAGUUCAUGCAGCCCAUCCCAACCAUCGGUUUCAAUGUGGAGACAGUUGAAUAUAAGAAUUUGAAAUUCACCAUCUGGGACGUGGGUGGAAAACAUAAGCUCCGCCCCCUCUGGAAACACUAUUAUCUGAACACCCAAGCGGUGGUGUUUGUGAUUGACAGCUGCCACCGGGACAGACUCAUGGAGGCUCACAGCGAGCUGGCCAAACUACUGACGGAGAAGGAGCUGAGAGACGCCUUGUUGCUCAUCUUUGCAAACAAACAGGAUGUUUCCGGCGUCGUGUCCGUGGAGGAGAUGACGGAGCUGCUGAGCCUCCACAAGCUGUGCUGUGGGAGGAGCUGGCACAUUCAGGGCUGCGACGCCCGCAGCGGGAUGGGCCUCCACGAGGGGCUGGACUGGCUCUCCAGGCAGCUGGUGGCCGCCGGCGUCCUGGACGUCGCCUAAAAACGACCCUUCUGAGCCCUGCUCGUCGCUCCCCCCCCCCCGCCCCAUAUUACAUCUUUAAGACCAUCUUUUCCUUCUUUGUGCACCAAUGAGAGCAGAGAGAUCAAAGAUGUAAAUACCUUCUGUUGCGUCACUGAAUCGGAACAAGGAAGUUAAAAACAACCUCCCAUCCAUCCUGCUUCAUAUCCUCUUACUUUUCCUUUAACCUUUUUCCAGACAUCUGGCGUCUCCAGCGGGUCCAGUAAAGCGUUCUCUCACGAUAUUCAUAAUAACCACCUCUGUGUAACCGUAACUAAACGCAGAGUAGUCCUUUCGUGUACCAUUUAUGUACCUUCUGUCGAUUUCAGUACACUUGACAACACGUCAUAUAAUCCUAAAACAUAACCACCGUUAAGCUUCAGUGUAUUUAAGGAGACGGGACAGAAAUGUUCACUAAACGAACUCAGGCGGCUAAAAAAAAAAACAACAUUCACAUUUUGGCUUCGCCUUCUUCAUCCAACGUACACGACGGGGUCAUUUUAAGUUAUGCGUCUUUUUUUUUUCUCAUAUUAACCUAUUUAAUGCCACAGCUGGUCUUGAAAUGGCGCACCAGUAGUUUCUGUUACAGGACAAACCGUUUACUGAACUUUAUUUAUGAGCGGGGCUGUUUGGGGUUUUUCUUUCACGCACCGAUUAUGCCUCCCUUUUUUUUUUUUAGUGGAGCCUCGAAUGCACUCGUUUGCACGUUUUAAUUUAGGAGCAAAUUGACGACCUGCUGUUUGAGUAGACGGAGGAUUAAUCUCACUGCAAAAAAUACACAUAUAUAUUCCAAUGUCCCGUUUGUUUGUCUGCAGUGUUUAGGAGAUGUUACACCUUUUUUAAUCAACAGCCUUCAGUAAUUAAUGUGAAACUUUAAGCCUCAACACUGACACUUGUCUUGUUAUUAAGGACCCAUUCUUUGACUUUAAUUUCAUCUUUAUUCAUUGCUAUGUAAUGUUUACUACAUGUAUAAAAAUACUAAUUAAAAAAAAAAAAAAAACAUGCAUGUGUGAAAAAGCCUUUCCACAUAGUCUGUGAAAACAUUUCCACUUUGUUUUUUGAAACGUAGAAGCACAACGCGCAUCGAAACCUUUGUUACCAGUGACUUGAUAGCGGCUUUUUGUAAAUUAUUCAUAAUGUUGUUGCUGUAAAAUAAACAAACUGACCGUA